ACUCAAUCCUUAUUAUUCAAUCUUCCAUCUUUCAUUGCCUAACUGCCAAACUACCUAACUGCCUCUUCCAAAAUACGCUGUCAGAUACAAAUACUUCGACUUGAAAUUAGUAUAGUUUAAUAGGUCCCUAACGCCAUGAAGAAAACCUCACGGGAACACUCAAUUUAUGAUGGCUCUUCCACUCGGAGUGAGUCGCCGCCGCCGUCCUAUUCGAGCCAACCCCAGCAAUCUUGGUCACGGUGUGACGAGCAGACGCCGUUGUUCGCCAAGGCAAAUCCAAGUUCAACGUCAAAUGAAUCGGAUGUGCCUGGUAUCUUAACAUAUCUCAUUGCAUUUUCUGUUAUAGCCCUUCUUACUGUUACAAUCCUUGCCAUAUUUGUACUCUCCGGUGCAGUUGUACGUACCCCACCUGAUGCCCUCCAAACUCCUACUUUUUCAGUUGCUAUUAUCGGCGCCGGUCCCGCUGGUAUAUCCGCCGCGCAACAUUUGCGGCGCCGAACAGCAGGUCGAAACUUUCGGCUAAAUAUAACCCUAUUCGAGUCUUCACCUGUAAUAGGAGGGAACCUAGCUCUAAAUGGUUCUACCACCGGUCCGGUCUUUCCUUAUGACGAUCCCCUCCAGGACCCGAUCAUCGCCGAAGACAUUACUGGCUCGGCUCUGCUGUGGAGCAACCCAUUCUUCACAAAGGCAUCAGAAGGCAUACUAGGAGACAAGGUUGACUUUGCUGAGCUACCUAGCCACAAAGUCGGCUAUUUUUCUGGCGAAGGCAUCGUCGUUGAGACCACUCGUCCCUAUGAGAAAACAUCGUGGUGUUCCUGGUUGGGACUACUUUUCCGAUACGGCUUUUCCAUUUCCAGGGCAAGGGCUUUACUCGGAGAUGGGAAUCUACAAGAUCGGUUUGCAGAUCCACCUCUGGUCCCGGAGGUCUCGCAGCUUAUGAUCUCUCUCGGUCUGACUGACCCCGUCCAACAACAGGCGCUAAUUGACCUCGAUGCUCGAGGUAUAGGCGGCGCCUACGUGACCGAGAUCCUUGAACCCCAAGUUCAGCGCGCCCACCCCCAAGGAAUCACUAGCCAAAAUGCCUUAGGGAUGAGGGUGGCCGCCUUUCAAGAGGACACCGCCAACUUUUACACUGGCGGGAACUUGAUCGACAGACUCGAACAGGUUGUGGCUUCGACGGGCAUCACCGUUCGAACGGCCACAGAGGUAUCCCGGUUGAAAUACCAACAGAUCACCGAAGACGACUUCGCAUGGAUAAUGGAAUUUAGCGCGGUCGGCUUACCGGGCCCGCAUUACGAUGCAUUUGACCAAGUUAUUAUCGCCGCCCCGAGUUUUAGUCUGUAUGAGGUCGCCUCUGGGGCCGUUUCAGUUGAAGACGUCGAGGCCGCCUCAGCUUUGCUCUACCAACCUGCUCAUGUCACUUUCUUCAUCGUACCGUCACGUCUGAACCCCGAUAUCUUCGGUAACUUUGACCAGAUUCUCCUCCUCAGGGAGCAACACGGAGACAAUGCUCUCGAAGGUGUCCGGGAGCUAGCAUUCGUAAGGCAAGUCUACCGGGUCGGAAGGUGGGACGACGGCGACGGCGACGAUGACGACAACAAAGCCCCCAAGUACUUAUAUCGCGCCAUAUCAGACGGCCCUGUCACAGAGCGCCUACGUUCACUAGAUCUAGGGAUCACAUGGAUACACGAGACUGAGAUUGAACACGCCUACCCCCUUGUCUAUCAUAACACACGAUUCCCCUCUUUCAAACUCUCCGAGCAUGGCCUGUGGUGGACGUCCCCUAUCCACGCCAUUGCGAGUACGAUCGAUAUGAGCUGGCUCGCGGGUAAGAUCGUUGCUGAGGAACUUGCCAAGAAUUUGACGAAAUAAAAGGGACGGAAAAGAUAUUGACUACCCUUCUACCUAACUAUAGAUAGAAGGUGUCGGAGUACCUAGGGUUAUGAUAUUCCAAGUUUGCAAACUUGGAUGCGGAUGGAUUUCAUGGUAAUUUACUAUAUUUAACGAGGACUACAAGCAAGCACGUGUCUUGUCAUGUCAUGGGAAAUGAGAUUUGAUUUUGGUAUGAUCAAUAGUUUUACAGAAACGCGAGUACUGAUUAUAUAUACCUACCGGCGUGUAGGUAUGAUAUGGAUCGGCCUUAGGUUGGUACUUACCUGGUAUGUACCUAGGUAGGAUAAUAAACAUGGGUAUUUCGGAAGCCGCGUGCGUUGCAAAAAAAUAGUUACUGACUCUUCCUCUUUUGUUUCUUCUUUGGUCUUCUUCUUCUUUUCCAUUGCCGUAGUAGAUCACACGCAAGCCUUGCCCUUCCCUUUAUCCAUUUUUCGUCCCUUUCUUUAGAUUUGCGAAUUCAAUCGUACACCUGUCGUCUUCUUCUACUUCGUCCUCCC